UUUUAGUAUGCAACGGUCAUGCAAAUAAGUGCGCGCGCACCACGCCGUGGGAGUUUGUCAGCAAUAUGACGAACUCCACGAUAGCAACACACGUGGCCCACUUCAGCUGGGUGGACCACACCAUGUUCGCCCUGAUGCUGGUGGUGUCCACAGUGGUGGGGGUGUUGAUAGGCGUGUGCGGCAAGCAGGACACCAAGGUAGACUACCUGCUGGGAGGGAAGAAGAUGAGCGUCAUACCCAUAGCUGUGUCGCUGAUAUUUAGUCAUAUUUCAAGCAUAACAAUCGUAGCUGUUCCUACCGAAUACUACACGUAUGGAGCCGUUUACUUCAAUCAGUAUAUAUCAGGUUUUAUUACCUGUGUUAUUAGUUAUUACAUAUUUCUGCCUAUAUUUUUCGAUCUUCAACUAACAUCAACAUACGAGUAUUUACAAUUACGAUUCAACAGGCAAGUAAGGACAAUGGCUUCAAUUCUUUUUACUGUCCAUAUAUUACUUUACCUGCCAAUCGUAGUUUACGUACCAGCUCUGGCAUUUAACCAAGUUAGCGGAGUACCGCUGCACCUCGUCACAUCCGUCGUGUGUGGUGUAUGCAUGCUGUAUACAAUGCUUGGUGGCAUGAAGGCUGUUGUAUGGACAGACUUUCUGCAGUCGUUUGUCACAGUAGGCUCAUCAAUAACAAUCAUUAUUUUGGGACUCAUCAAUGUCGGAGGAUUUAAUGCUAUGUGGGACAGAAGUGAAAAAGGAGGAAGAUUGGAAUUUGUUGACUUCAAUCCAGAUCCCUUUGCGAGGAACACAUUUUGGACCGUUUCGUUGGGAACCACGUUUUUCUGGAUGAGUGGACUUGGUGUGAGUCAAGGAACUAUACAGAAGUUCAUAGCACUCCCAUCUUUAAAAAAAGCUAGGCUGUCACUCGUCGUCUUCUUUUUUGGUUUCAUCGUUUUAAAAUCUAUAUGUUUCAUGAUUGGCAUGCUCAUGUACACCACUUACUACAAUUGCGAUCCUAUAACAUCAAAGCAAGUUUCAAAGCCUGACCAGAUGCUUCCAUAUUUUACAAUGGACACGGCAUCUCGCAUACCAGGACUGUCUGGGUUGUUUGUUGCGGGAACUUUCAGUGCAGCCCUCAGUGCUCUUUCAAGCAACUUUAACUGUUUAUCAGCCACAACUUUUGAAGACUUUAUUUCUCCAUGGAUAAAGAAUAACAGUUUCUUUGAAAAUAAAACUCCUCUUAUGUUGAAAAGCAUAGUUGUAGUUACAGGGAUGAUCUGCAUUCUUUUGGUGUUCGCAAUAGAGAAAACUGCUGGAAUUAUAAUGAUUGCAACGAGUGCCUCUGGAAUUACAUCAGGUGCCCUUUUAGGCAUGUUUCUCCUCGGAAUGCUUUUUCCAUGGGCGAAUGAAAAGGGGUGCCUUGUCGGGAGUGUCGUCAGCCUUGGUGUGAUGGCAUGGAUCAUGGUUGGUGCGCAAGUGUACAAGACCAUGGGUACUGACAGGUUCCCGUACCUGCCCAUGUCCACUGAGGGAUGCGAGGAGUUCUUUAAUAUCACAGUGCCAAUUUUGCCAUCUCCAACACCACUGCCUAAAGGAACGGGUGACGACGCUUUCCCAAUCUACAAAAUCUCCUUCCACUACUACUGCCUGGUGGGGACUGCCACAGUCCUCGUGGUCGGUCUGGCCGUGAGCUACUUCACAGGGUUCACAGACCCGAAUAGUGUGGAUGCCAGGCUCCUGGUGCCUUUCGUCAAGAAGUAUGGACAUUCGCGUGAAGCAGAUGCCCAAGACCCGUCUGAAAAAAUUUUGCUGAACUUGGAGAAAAACAUUGUUUCUGACGUAAGGAAAAAUAGUGUGUCUUAUAUCAAGAAGACAAGUAAUUCAGCAUGAAAUAAAAGUGUACCUUAUU